AUGGAUCGCUCUACGAAACCAAGCUUCAACUUUGUGAACCUCACACAUCCAGACGAUCUGAAGAAUGAAGAAACCCAACUUCGCAUCCGUCGUCUGGCCAUGACUGAAGUUGGUAAAGCCAGGAGGAAACCCAAAACGAAGAAGGCCCGCAACGAGGUCAUCCUUGAAUUUCGGAAUCCGUCUGAAAGUCGCGUAGACAUCGAUCGAUUUGGUGGCGGCCAGCUUGACCCAUUCAACUCCUACCCAAUCGAACUCGAUGAUUCCGAUCGAUCGUUGCUAGCAAAUGUAUUCAGCACUGAGGACAACAAUCAUCCUAGCCAGCUUCGCGGCUCCUGGUACCCCGUUGGACUCAGCGAUGCAGCUGCUUUCCACAACAUGCUGUCGAAUUCUCAAAACUUCCUCUUCCAGAGGCAUAAUGGAUACUAUCCCUCCCAGGACGAUGCCAUAGCACUGAAACAUCAUAAUAAAGCGCUCCGCCAUACCGCCCAAAUGAUGAAUGAUCCGAACAAACGUACAAGCGAUGAAGUGAUAGGUGCCGUGGCGUCUUUUAUGAUUCACUUUGCUCUGUUGGGAAACUUUACAGGCAACGACUGGCAGAAACAUAGCAACGCAUUGGUCAGAAUUGUGGGACUCCGGGGCGGCUACGAUGCCAUCACCAAAGAAUACUUGCGAAUCACAGUGAGCUGGGCAGAUCUCAUAGGGAACUUCUAUCAAGACCACCCGCCAGUUGUUCCUAUGCCACGACAAUGGAUAGCGGAUUCCAAAUCUCCACCGAAUUCCCCAAGACCUUGUAAUGCUGUAUCGUUAGCAUGGAAACGCCAGUUACCAAUGCAGCUCGGCUUUAUCACCGUCUUUGAUGAUGUAGUACAGCUAAUCUCUCUUGAUCGAGCUUUCAACGAGCAGCAGCUGAUGCUAGCAAUUACGAGUGGUAGUUGGAUGGAGCCGACCAUGUACCGCCUCUUAGCUAUUCGGCCUUUGGACCACGGCGAGUCCACAGAGUUUGUCAUUGAAGAAGUAUGUCGUCUUGGAACGUUACUCUUCCUGGCGCCACUCUGGAGAAAACUAGGCCAAUCGCCAGUAUGGACAGCCGCCAUAUCUCGUAAUCUCCUACUUGUGCUCAUGAAGAAUAUGAUCGAAUGGAACGACUUGAAACCUCUGCUAAUCUGGGUACUGUACGUUGCCGCUGUCGAAACCAAAGAUCUUGCAGAACGGAGCCAAUUUGUGUUCAUGCUUGGCAUUCUGAUGAGUGGUAUGCAGCUGCAAGAGUGGGACGAUAUUAUGUCGAUUAUCAAGAGCGUAGUAUGGGUAGAGAAGGUUUUUACAGGUACCGAUGAGCUGAUUCGCGACGAAGUUAUGCAAAUCGUGAAUCAUAACCCCAUGAACAUCUUCCCGGCUGAAACUACGCCGCCAAGUUUCUUGGAUGAUUUCGCGGCUGAGACAGAAUAG